CCGCCGUAGCAGCGAUAAACACUGACAAGCAGCUGUUUCUGCAUGUUAGUGCUCACGUGGAAGAUUUCCCUGCGCAGGUCAGUGUUGAAGCAGCAGCUCGUUUCUAACGCCAGCAACAUCAUGGAGCCUGUCAUCAGAAUAAACCCAGGAGCGUCGAAGUGGGACAUCCGUCAGAGGGUGUGGGACUACAUAGAGGACAAGAAUCUGGCCAACUUCCCCAGGCCCGUCCACAACAGAAUCCCAAACUUUAAGGGGGCUUUCGGAGCCUGCAGCAAAGUGGCAGACUUGCAGGCUUUUGCCCAGACCGUUGAGGUGAAGGUGGAUCCUGACAAACCUCUGGAGGGUGCUCGGUUCGCGGUGCUGCAGGCACAGAAAACCCUGUUGGUUCCGACUCCUCGCCUGCGCUCUGGCCUCUUCAACAAGAUCACUCCCCAGCCGGGCGCAAACAAGGAGCAGCUGCGUGUUUGCUCUUCUUCUCAGGGUGUGAAAGACUUCAGCGUUCCUGUUGACCUGGAUGCAAAGGUCAAGGUCGACUUGGUGGUCGUUGGCUCCGUGGCGGUUUCUGAGACAGGCUGUCGGAUUGGAAAGGGAGAGGGUUUUGCUGAUAUGGAGUGGGCCAUGAUGGCUUCAAUGGGAGCCGUGGAUGAAUCCACCGUGGUUGUCACUGUUGUCCACGACUGCCAGGUGCUGGAUGUUCCAGAGGAGCUCAUAGGCAGCCAUGACCUGACUGUGGAUUACAUCCUCACACCAACCAGAGUCAUUAAAACUGAAUGCAAGCUGCCCAAACCGCAGGGAAUCAUCUGGUCUAAGCUGGAUGCAGAGAAGCUGGAGAAAAUUCCCAUCCUGAAGAAGCUGCGUGCUCUGGAGGAACAGGCUGGGAAGGAUGUGACUCUGGGGACGGCGUCGCAUGCGGCAGAGCCUGGCCUGCAGGCCAAUCAACCAAAGAGACAACCCAGACGGAGGCCGAGGCGGAACGCGCAACAGGAUACCGAGGGAGAAGCCGGCCAGGAAUCCAGACGGGAGAAGAAAGGAGAAGGAGAACAGAGAGGCAGACAGCAGCCAGCCAGAGUCCGGAAAGAGAGCAGGGGAAGUGGCAGAGGAGAUGAGGAGGGAGACGCUGGCAGGCUGGCGAAGGGCAGGAGCAGGAGGGCGGUGAGGGAGCAGGGCCCCGAGGAAGGCGGAGGCGAAGCGGCGAGCCAGCGGAAGCUCCCCCAAAGCCUGACCACCGUCUACCUGGGAGGAAUCCCGGCCGGCCUGCGCGUCAGCGAGCUGAAAGCCGCCCUGCGGGAGAGGAAGGCCGCCCCGCUGAGGCUCACCUGGCAGGGAGCUCAGCACAGAGCCUUCCUGGACUACAGCGACCCUCAGGUGGCCGACCAGGCCCUGGAGGCGCUGCAGGGGCUCUGCCUGAACGACCACAGCCUGCAGGCCGAGCUGGCCAAGAGCCAGCGGGGACAGAAGAGGCCCGGACAGAGACAGAAACCAUCUGUGGCCGCGGCGACGUCAAAAGCGUCCCCGCCAGAUACUAAAAGUGACACGGCCCAGGAGGCUGAGCAGUAACAGCGACAGGGCAGCGCACCGUUAGCAAAUACCUUCGUAUCCAUGCACGUUUAAUACCUUUUUAGAAGUGUUCAGCAGCUCUCUUGUUUUUAAUCGUCGCAAAUGAAAUCUGUUACAUCGACUCAAUGUUCUUAGUAGUUUUCCAGCAAAAAAAAAACUAGACUUGAAGGUGUGAGGAAAGUAAACUUAGAGUAGGAAACAUUUCCUGAAAUGUAUUUGUUGUAACAUUUGGAAGAAAAAAAAAAAAAGCUUAAAAAUUCCCAGAUGUGCCUUGCCCUGUUUACACCCAACUCUGGCUCCAUGUGUUUGGACGAUCCUCCUUCCUGAAGGUCUAUUUUGUGUAAUUUCUUGCUGCACGCCAUGAUGUUUCUGUUGCUUUUUGUUCUAAUGUAUGGACACCCUAAAUACUUUUUUUUUUUUUUUUUUUUUUUUUUUUUUUUUCAUAACCAAGCUCCACCAGCUAUGAGACAGUUGUAGUUAGAUCUGGUAGUCUGCUGGAAAUAAAAAAAAAAAACAAAUUGUGUGCAAGGGCACCACCGUCUGGCAAUUUAAACAAUGUAAUGGUAUGGAUAAUGGGCGCAUGAGACCCUGCAGUAACAUAAAAAAAAAACAACUUUAAGAAAAUUUACAGGCACAUUAAGGCUAGAUCAUUUAUCAUUUAGCCAUUCUUUUUCAGUACACUUGCAUUUUAUUAUUUUUGCAUCAAAUUUUAGACUAAGAUUACAAUGCAAACCACUGAACUACGUGUUUCCCAGUGGGAAAACAUGGAAAGUCAAACUUUUUUUGUUCUAUUUUUAGCUCAGAUAUAAUAAAAAGUAAGUUUAGAUAGCCCUUUUUGUGAUAUUUAACCUGCAAAAUCCAGGUUUUAUAGUUUGAGUGUAAGAUCAUUAUUUCAUGUAUGUUUUCUUUUAAUCUGUGUAAAUCCGAAGCAUUAAGGUAGAAUUGUUUCUUUUACACAUUUGUUUUGAAUAUUUUAUUUAAACAGCGCUGAUUUGAACUUUUUUUUUUUUUUUUUUUUACUGUGACGAACUGAUCGGAUCCUCUGUUUAAUUAAGCGGUUUAACUCUGUCGAAGCAUUUAGUCAUAACUAGUCAUAAUUUGUAUCUUUUUGAUUUUCUUCUCUCUUUCAAAUAAACCAUUGCAUCACACACA